UGAUUUUAACCAAAAUAUAGAGCACGCCGGUGACUAAUGUGCAUUUGGCAAUAAAUGAAUAUAAAUUCAGAUAAAAAUAAUAUUAAUAAAAUUUAAAAUAAAUAUUAAGUGACACAGCAACAGAAUGGAAGUCGAAUUUAGUAAAGAAAACUUCUUGCUGCCUGAAAUCAAAUACGAAUAUUUAGAUCACACCGCCGAUGUGCAAUUGCACGCCUGGGGAAAUACAUUACAGGAAGCUUUCGAACAAUGUGGCAUGGCAAUGUUCGGCUACAUGACUGAGCUAGAUUAUGUAUCCGUGCAACAGUGUUUUCAAAUCGAAGCUAAAGGUGAUGAUGUAGAAGGUUUAUUAUUUCAUUUUUUGGACGAGUUACUCUUUCUCUUCUCCGUCGAGCCAUAUUUGAUUUGCAAAAAAUUAGAAAUCACCAAAUUCGAUUUGGAAACAUUUGAAAUAGAAUGUCGUUGCUAUGGUGAACCGUUUGAAAUUGGAAAACAUCCACAAGGUACCGAAGUCAAAGCCAUCACCUACUCUGCAAUGCAAGUGAUACAGGAACCCGAACGAAGUCACUAUGAAGUGUUUGUUAUAAUCGAUAUUUGAUGGCGUUAUAAAUUAAAAAAGAGUUCGGUUCAAUCCUCUCAUUUUUUUCUUGCGUAAAGCAUAUACAUAUGUAUAUAUUUAUCCAGAAAAUAUUCUUGUAAAGCAUGAAAUGCAACUAUUCUCCAUUAUGACGAAAUGUCGCAACAUACAUUUACUUUUUUCAUAGUGAUAAGUCUGUGAAGUAUUGUAUUCAUCAUUUUCAAUACUUUUAAAUAGAAAUCGAAGCAGGUUUUUUACACAAAA